ACAACAACAACAACAACAACAACAACAAAAUCGACUACAAAAUUACGACCUCCUAUCAAGACAAGUAUCGAUGCCACGAAUAAAUCUUCGCUGGUAAGAAGUAUGCUACCUUCCCCAAAAUCCAGUGUUUCUCCUUCAUCGAAUAUAAAUGAUCCUAAAAGUCCUACAAAGAAAAUUUUAGCACCACAGACUGCAAAACAAACUUCUUUAACGAAACGAAAAAUUGAAGAUACUUCUGGUCGUACUGUACGUGCUGCAUCUUCUCCAAAUAUUAAAAAAUCAACAACUCAACCUCCUAAAUCUAUCGCCACAAAAAACACGCCUCGUAAAAAACCAACAACAGUACAAGAGCAAUCUCGAAUUUCUACAAAGAAACCUCUUAAUUCUACUACUCCAACUCGUAAAAAUGAAAGUAUGAAAUUAAUCGCUGAACUUAAAGAGCUCCGAGCCGAAAAUAAAAAAUUACAGGCUGAGAAUAAAGAGCUUAUGCAAGAAAAAGAUCGUAACAACGACCAUUAUCGAAGCGAAUUAAACAUCGCUAAUAACUUAAUUAUGGAACAAGCUGUUACGAUGUCCGACCAACAAUCCCUUAUUGAAGAACUCAUGUCCCAAUUAGAUGAACAAGAAAAUAUAUGUCAAAAUCUCCAGAAUAUUAUCGAUAAUUUUAAAACAAAGCAUAAUAUCCUAGAUGAUCUUAAGGAUAUUAACUUUGCCUUACAAAUUUAUUAAAACAACAAAUACAAAUCGGUCUACUAAAUUCCAUUUAAUUUUGCAUUACAUGUUUUUUACUUCGACAGCGCGUCGGUGGACACACUAAAUGUCUAAAUCAUUUACAUUCCUUUCUUUUUCUUGCAUUUAUUGUUAAUGCAUUUAAUGACUGUUCCUUUUCAUUAAAUUGAUACUACUUGUACUUAAUUAUUACAUUAUUAUUCUAUUUUUUAACUUGUAUCAUUUGUGCGGUAGUAUUAACUUGAAAUAUUAUAUUAUUAAUGAAUUGAAUUUGAGAAAAUUUUUUUUUUCUUUUUACUAAUUUUAUGUGUAAGAUCAUUUUUAGCCGUAAUUGU